CCUCCAGCACCAGCACAAACAGGAGCUGAAGGCUGGAGCCCUCGGCGUGCCCCGGCGCUGCUGCCAGUGGGGGGGUGGCCUCUGGCCCGCCCAGCAACCCACAAACGCAAAUAGCCGGUGCCUCCCCUGGCCCCGCUCCCCUCCGCCUCCCGCAUGGGCUCCAAUUUCCCGGCGUCAGCCUCCGGCCGCGCUCAGCUGUCGGCUCCCCUCUGCCCUGUCACUCCUGCACCGCACAGCACCGGGGCGGCUGCCCCCUCCCUGCACCGCCACCGAGGCCUGGGGGCUCCGUGCCUGCCGAGGCCCCACCAUCGCCCGCCCAUCGAGGGGCUCUUCAUCGCAGGGCGAGAGCUCCAAGCACAGUCAUGACAGAGAAGGAAGUGCCAGAGCCACCAGCUUCACCUGCUUCAGGUGGGAAACCCAAAAGCCGGCUACAGAAACUGAAGCAGCUUUUCCAGCAAAAACCCAAGGAGGAGGCCCCACCAGAGCCGCAGCCCAAUGGGGAGCUGGUCAGCCCCUCAGGGGGACCCAUCUUCUACAUCUAUGAGGAUGAGGAAGAGGAGGAAGAAGAGGAGCCCGAGCCGCCCCCCGAGCCCCCGCAACUCGUCAAUGACAAACCCCACAAGUUCAAAGAUCAUUACUUCAAAAAGCCCAAGUUCUGUGAUGUUUGUGCCCGCAUGAUUGUCCUCAACAACAAGUUUGGCCUGAGGUGCAAGAACUGCAAAACCAACAUCCACCACCACUGCCAGACCUACGUGGAGAUGCAGCGCUGCUUCGGCAAGAUCCCGCCGGGCUUCCGCCGGGCGUACAGCUCACCCCUCUACAGUGACCAGCUCUGCAUCAAGGACCAGCUCUCAGCCGACAGGAGCGACCCCGUCUUCGAGACCCUGCGGACGGGCGUCAUCAUGGCCAACAAGGAGCGCAAGAAAGGGCAGGAUGACAAGAAAAACCCUUUGGCUGCUAUGAUGGAUGAGGAACCAGAGGCCACGAAGCCACAAGGAGGCAAAACGGAGGGCGGCACCUCUGAAGGGAACAAGAAGACUGAGAAGAGCCCAACAGACGACAAGAGCAAGAAGCUACAGCCAGGGACACGCGGUGGCUUCCCCCAGUCUCACUAUUUCGUGGCAAUUUAUCGCUUCAAAGCCCUGGAGAAAGAUGACCUGGAUUUCCCGCCCGGGGAGAAGAUCACAGUGGUCGAUGACUCCAAUGAGGAGUGGUGGAGGGGGAAGAUUGGGGAGAAAGUUGGAUAUUUCCCCCCAAACUUCAUCAUCCGGGUGCGGGCGGGCGAGCGGGUGCACAAGGUGACGCGCUCCUUCGUGGGCAACAGGGAGAUCGGGCAGAUCACGCUCAAGAAGGAUCAGAUCGUGGUGCAGAAGGGGGAGGAGGUAAACGGUUACGUCAAAGUCUACACCGGCCGCAAAGUGGGGCUCUUCCCCGUGGACUUCCUGCAGGAGAUCUGAAUGGGACAGCGCCCAGGCCCCCCCCCUCUCUGGCCAGAGGGACGG